AAAAAUUGUUUGUUUAUCUGUUUUGUUUUAAAUAUUUUUUGAAACAAAUUGCUUAAAAUACAUUAAAUUUUGUGAUAUUUGUCAAUAGAAAUACAAUAAAAAUAUGGAAGAUAUAAAUAAUUUGCUACAGAUGGUUGAAACAUAUCCUGUUCAGUUGGAACAAAUGACAGAAGAAUUCUUGAUAAAACUGCGUGUGAUUUUGUGGGGACAAGAAGCAGCCGUAUCAGCUGCCAAUAAAGAAAAACUAGAGGAUUUUCCAGUGGCGUCACCACAACAGACCAAAAAGCGUGUCAAGCGCUUGACUUCCUUAAAUGAAGAUAAUGAAGCGGAAGAUAAUUUGCAAAAACUUGCAGUUGGUGGCAAGAAUUUAAAAAAAUCACUUUCACCUCGUAAAAGCAAGCGAUCAAAUGCAGAGCUAUUAGCUACCGCUGAAGCAAUCGAAGAUGAUAAUAAAGAACAAGGAAUGCAACCGCCUGUGGCAGCGCCAAGAACACUAGAUAAGACCUCCGUUGCCGUUAGUGCGGAAGAAGUAGCGGGGCAUACAGAAGAUAAUAUCAGAAACUCAGAUGCAACAAAUCUCAUGCCACCACCGCCCGUUCCUACCGCUUGCGUUGCUGAGGAAACGUUAAAUAAACGUCCAACACGAGCAGCCAAGCUGAAAUCUGAAAAAUGUCUUAAAGAGCAAACAUUGAAAACAAAGUUACGUCGACCAACUAACGAAGAAAUCAAAAUUAAAUUAGAACACGAACAACGACCAUCACAGAUGCAUGCGGCCACCAUAAAUACCACUACAUCGAAACUUGCAGAAUUAACAGUUUCAAGUGAUGAGACGAUUGCAAGGGAUUCAUUAUUAAGUAAAAAAUCCGAUGAAUCAGUUGUUGUUGUCCCUGGCAAACAACCCUCAAUUGUCUCAGUUAAUUCUGAUAUUGAAGAUUUGCCAUCGACAACAGAUGCCACCGAUGUUAACAAACCAACUACAAAGGGACAAAAAAAAUUAUCCGAAGGUGAAGUUCGUGAAAUACGUAUUAAAAUUAAACGCGAAAAAGUCAGUUUGUCUAAUCAAGACGAAGUACCACCACCAGAGGCCCCAUCAGAUGAAUCUGUUUUCAAAGCACCAGAUGCAUUACCAUUGCCAAUACCUUCGGCUAAAAAUGAUAUCACCACGACUAUGGAAGAGUCUUCAAUGGCCAGCAGCAUAUUAUCAUCAACUACAAAUACUACCACCACUGCAGCACCACCAAAGAAGGGACGUAAGAAGAAGGAUGUUGUACACAAACCUAUUAAAGUUGAACGUUUUAGUGAUUUAGAUCCUAAACCAUCACCAAUCUCUUCGCGUACUCGCCAUGGCAGUUUAAGUAAAACUGAGACUUCACCAACAAAUGAGUCUAAACGACCAGCAUCAAUAUAUGAGGACGCAGUUGAAACACCACCGUCUCGUAAUUCAAAGGAAAUCAAUAAUGCUACUGUAUCUAUUGGUGGUGGUGUUGUCAAUGAGACAGUUAAUCUUGGUCCGGUCAUCGAUACCACUAUGAAUUUGGGUCCUAUUCCAGGUGAUGCGACAUUUUGUACUAAUCCAGCACAGACAACAUUCCAAGUGGCUCCCGGUCAGACAACGUUCAUUAUGGAUUCAAAUCCUAAUGCCACCGUUACAUUGAAUAAACUUUCGGGAGCUGGUGCUAUAGCUGAUGCCACCUUUGAUAUUAACCAAGUUUCGAAAGCGGGUAAAGAUAAAGAUGAGGAUACUGUUGGUCAGCGUUCAUUUGAAACUGCUAAAGAUACGUCCAUAUCUAAUGAUGAUAGUCUUUUGACAGAAGAAGAUGAACAGGAAAAACCAAUUGUAAAAACAAAAUCAAAAGUGUCGUCAGCCUCUGCUAAAGCCAAAGGUGCGUCGAAAACAUCCACCUCAGCCAAAGGUACUGGUUAUAAAAUGCCAACACGUACACAAGAAUUGUUCAAUCCCUCGGCUCAAAGUCCAGUGAAAAUGCGAGUAGAAGCAUUUGAAAAUGCGGCUGCAGCUGCAAAUGAACAGUCUAAACGACCAUUGCGCAUCAAAAAGGAAAAUGUAACACCAACGUCUGUUACAACACCAGUUAUUGGUAAAUUACCAGCGCCUGCACUGGGACGUUUUCUCACGCCAACACAAGGUUCCAACCUUACUACUGCCAAUAGUGCCAUCGCAAAGAAGGGCGCUACAAGUGCAUCGAAAGCAUUACCAAUGCCUAGAUCUGCUAAUGCCUCAAGUUUGCAACGCAGUAAUUCAGCAGCCUCAACGAAAACACUACAGCGCGAAAAUAGUGGUGAUGAUUUCCGUAAAGGCCUUCACAAUCUCGCAGAGGAACGCAAAAAACAACGCGAACAGAAGCAUUUGCUGGCCGCUCAACAGCGGGAGGCUAAGGAACGGGAGCGAGCUGAACGUAUGGCCAAAUUGGCAAAGGAGCGUGAAGAGAAACGUAUAUUGAAAAAGCAACAAGAACAGGAACAAAAGAAACGAGAAUUGGAAGAAAUUCAACGAAAGUUACGUCAACAACAGGAGGAAGAGGUAGCCAAAUUAAAGGCGGCCAAAGAACGUGAAAUGCUUUUGCAGAUGAAGCACCAGCAGCAACAAUUGGCCAAACAAAGAAUGAUGCCACCACCACCAAAAACAACCACAAAAUAUACAUUUGAAAUGUUGCACGAAGAUGAUUCAACAGAUGAUGAAGAUAAAGUCUCCUACAAACGACCACCUCCACCAUCAUGGAGUAGAAGUCAUGUACGUGGUCCAUAUAUGUUAAAACAGGAGUAUACACCAUCAGCGUACAUUGACAGUUUCUUCUCUGUACAACCAAUGACACCAGAUCUUAAAAUAAUCUUCCCCAAUAUAGAUGCUCGUCACUUGAAACGAAACUCGAGUGUUCUGUGGUCUACGCCUCCACGCUACUCGGAGCUGCCCAAAUAUUAAGUUUAAGGUCAAAAAAAGAGGAUAACCUUAUAGCAAUUGUUGUAUUAUACAUAAAACAUUUGCCUACAUGUGUUUUCUUAUCGUUUAAAAAUAUGUAGUACGUAACUUAUUUUUAAGUUUAUCAUUUGCUUACAGCUCCACCCCUUCAUCGUUAUUAUAUGUUUAACCCUUUUACAUUAGUUUAUUUAUUGAGCUCGAUUUUGUGGUUUAGACAUGAUGUCUGAACUACUGUAGUUUGAGUUCAAAUUGUAUCAAGGGUGGAAAAAUAGUACCGAGCUAUUGAUGUCUCUGGAAGUUCAAAGCUCUCACUUAUGAUUUGCUGAAAGAAAUCUAUUUUAUUUAUUUGUAUUCAUUUAUUCAUUGUUCUAUAUUUCAUUUAUAUACUAUAAUACUGAAUGUAUAUACAUACAUACUAGUGUUGUGUGAACCGGUUAAUUUAAAAUGAUGACUUUCGGUUAACCGCCAUGUAAACCGAUUUUUAAUUCAGACACAUCGGUUCAAGUCAAGCAUGCAUUAAUGCUCUGCUGAUUUAAAAUGCUCCUUCGAAACAAUUGUUCUAGUACAUAUUACAAUAAUUGUAAAUAGUUGAGUUUACUUACAUAAUAAAACUAUUGAACAUUAAUCAUAUGCAUUGAAAUUCUUUAUAAUUCAGGAUUCUUACUGAUGACUUGGUAAAAUAUAAUUAGAUAAAUGUUUAAUAUACAUAAAUUCGAUUUGAUCAGUGUUUUGUUUUAAGUUUUAUUUUAUUAAUAAAUUGUAAAAUUAAAUAUUUA